UUGACUUUCGUUGGUUUCCAAACAUGUGACAUCCGGGGAGUUGUCUGCAGGUCACGAUGGCGAACAAGACGAAUGUUUUCCAGCUCGUCGCUCGAUUCGAGAGGCAGAAAUCGGAGACGGACGUCGCUAACAAACAAGCGAGAGAGCGACACAGCUCGAGCUCCAAAUCGACGUCUCAGAAGGCGCCAAUUUCGUCACGGGCUUUUCAGUCACCGGAUAGGCGGUCGACGAAGUCACCAGAUGAGAGAAAGCCGGUCGUUGCUCCCAAGUCAUCUUCACCGCACUCUUUCACUGAUGAGAGAAAAUCUGACGUGCUGGAAGAGCAAAUAGAGACGCUCAAGAGGCAGAACGAAGCACAAACGAAGGAAAUAUCACGGUUGAAGAAAGAGGUCGAGCAGCUGGAGGAGAGGAGAGACGGGGAGGAGCACACGCGAGAUGAUGAGAUGCAAGAGUUGCUGGAAGACGUCAAGGUGCUCAAGCGCAAAGCUGCCGAGGUCGAGAGAACGCGUGAGAUGCUCGACACGGCCGAAGAGAAAGUCGCAGCGUUGGAGGCGGAAGCGGUCGACUUGCGGUCUCGCACGACGACACAACGCGUGCAAGGGCGUGAAAUGGAGGAUCUCAAGGAGAUGACCGAGAAGGCGAGAAAAGAGGGUCGGAAAGCGGAGCGAGAGGCAAAGGAGGCGAGGGCUGAUAUCGAGCGACUGCACGAGGAGGUGGAGCGAGAGAAGCGGCGAGCAGUGCGAGAGGCGGAGAGAGCGCGAAUUGCGGAAGGAGAUCUGGAGGAGACGAGGAAGAGGAAUGACGAUCUGAAGGCGCAGAUUGUGACGCUGCAGAAACAGGCUUCGGAUGCUGUGGACGAGUUGAAGGGUUUGAAAGAGAAUCUCGGACAGGCGGAACAGAGAGCGCAGAGUGCAAAGGAUCAGGUUGGUCGGAAGGAGAAGGACCUGGAGAAGGCGCUGGAGAAAGAGCAGAAGAUGAAUAAGGGAUAUCAGGGGCAAGUGAAGGAUUUGCAGAAGCAACUGAAUGCUGCUGAGAAACGCCUGCAGGAGGUGAGUUAUUUACGUGAAUCUGCAGCAGAUAAAGACAAAGAUCUUGAAGAGCUCAAACAGAAAUUGGACGAAGAGUCAAAAACGAGGAAAGAAGUGGAGGAGGCACGAAAGGCCGAUAGACAGAAAACGGCAGAAUUAGAAAAGGGGUUAGCACGUCUAAGGGAAAGACUGGAUUUGACACGAACAGACCAGGCGGAUGCCGAGACGACAGUAGUUGAGAAAGAAUUUGAAAUGAAAGAAUGGGAAGAGAAGCUGAAAGAGAAAGAGAAUGAAAAUGCGGAACUAAAGAAAAGAAUUGAGCAAAUGGAAAACGAUAACACCGGAGACGCUCUCAAGGAGGCACUAGCAAGAGUCUCUGACCUAGAAAAACAACUCGAACAAGAGAAAACCGAACGAGCAAACGACAGACAAACAUUUGAGAAAGAAAGGAGAGAGAGGACAAAGUCUCCACUUCCUCCUAAACCAAAGCCAAAGCCAAGUCCGAGGUCGACUACGAGUAGUGAUGAGGAGAAUAUGAAGUCGCCGAAGAGAAGUGUGGGGAAGAACACAGCUUUGCAGAGCAAACUGUUUGGAAGUGGUGCUGUGCCGUUACCGGGUGUGGCAGCAGCCGUACGGUUGAGGAAAGACGAGAACGUACACGAGGAUUCUACUGUCAAUGACCCCGAAGUGCUGCCUCGAUUAACAAGCAAGUUUGAUCGUCCCAAACGUGACGCUCGUGUCCCCUCAAGAGAAUUCCGUCAAUCACUCAUCGUAGAAGCAGAAAAAUCCGAAUUUUCACUGAGUGGUGAGGUUAACAUCACAGAAGUGUUUGAACCCGAAGAAACCAACGGCAACGUAUCCGAUGGGCAAUAGAAACGAUUUGAUUUUGCAUUACCGACUUUGUUUCUACGUUGGUACAGUAGAGUGAAGCUUUCCAUAUUCGGUAGAUGUUCACAAAUGAAUCAACAAUUUGAGUAAGAAAAUAGAUCAUUUAUGAAGUCA